AUGUUUUUACAAAAUUUGAGAGGUAAUAAGUUGUCACUUGCCAUUGCUCUGGCUGGUGCAUCGGCUUGGAUUUUGCAGGGAUACGACCAAGCCAUUAUGAAUGGUCUCUUGACAAUGGAGACUUUUGAGACACAGUUCCCAACGUUGAACACCAGUAGGUCAGGAGUUAACAAAGAGCAUGCGACUGUGAUUGAGGGAACGGUCGUUGCUAUUUAUGAACUGGGAUGUGUGCUCGGAUGUGUUGCCUCUUACUUUUUCGGUGACAAGCUCGGCCGCCGCCGGUUCAUCAUGACUGUUUGUACGGUCACAAUUAUCGGUGUUAUUAUCCAGGACACCUCUUACCAUAUAGUGCAGCUUAUUGUUGCACGAGUGAUCACUGGAGUUGGCGUUGGAGGUAUCACAGCUACGGUGCCGACCUACAUCUCGGAGUGUGCUCCGGCACGUUUGAGAGGUAAGCUGGUGCUUCUCUGCGGGUCACUAGCAAUUUUUGGAGUGGCACUAGCUACCUGGGUUGACUUUGGAUUUUAUUUUGUCAAACACAGUUCCGUCAAUUGGCGGUUUCCAAUUGCACUACAGAUGCUCUUUCCGAUUAUAUGUAUUUCGCUGAUUCUCUUCCUUCCAGAGUCUCCUCGUUGGCUGGUGAAAGUUGGGCGUACGGGUGAAGCAGCAGAAGUGUUUGCUCGGCUGGAAGAUAAACCCGUUGAGAGCGACCAAGUUCAAGGAGAAAUCUCGCUGAUUCAGCAGUCUCUUUUGGAGGAUCCAGCUGCUAUUAAGGCUUCUCCGUUUUCAAGAACCAAAAACAAGCAUUUGAGGCGUAGUCUUAUGGCUAUUGGUCUGAACAUUGGAGCUCAGAUGACCGGAAUCAAUAUUGUUACCUUUUACUCCACGAGCAUCUUUGAACAGCAGCUGGGCUAUAGCUCUGUGGAGGCUCGUAUUUUCUCGGGAUGUCUUCAGAUCUGGCAAGCAAUGUGUGCAUUUGCGGCCAUCUUCCUGAUUGAUAUAUUUGGCCGGCGGUAUGCAAUGAUUCACGCCGCAGCAAUUAUGGGAAUUUGUCAGUUUAUCCUUGGUGGGCUUGCGUCAGACCUCGAAAAUCCAGCUACGGCAAAGGCUAUGGUGGCCUUUUAUUUUGUCGCAAUGUAUGCUUUUCCUGUCGGUCUUCUUCUUGUGGUUUUCAUGUAUGCGGCUGAAAUUGCACCCCUUGAGUCCCGUGCCCAGAUCACUGCUAUCAGUACUGCGUGUAACUGGCUAUUCAAUUUCUUAGUUGCAGAAGCUUCUCCAACGGCAUUCAACAAUAUUGGCUACAAAUAUUACUUUGUUUAUGGAUCAGUCGCUUUUGUAUUGCUAGCCUGCUUGAUUCUAUUCUUCCCGGAGACAAGAGACAGAAGCCUGGAGGAAAUUGAUGAUAUAUUUAUUCAGUCUCAAACCUUGUUCGACACUGUUCGGAUAGCCAAGACAAUGCCAGUUCAAGGUGAUGCUGACUACGACCCGGAAAGGAAGCUUUCCUUUGAAACUAAAGACGUUGUCGAAUAUGUGGAGUGA